GAAUGGCGGUGCAGGAAGUAGUUCGGACGCGGUUUAGUUCCGGCUGUAGCUGUGUGGAUCUGUUGAGUUUGAGCAGUAAUUUGAGUUUACAGCGCUUUUGUGCGCAGAAUAAUAAUAAUAAUAUGCGUUAGGUCCGUAAACAGCGGCCACUGGAUCUGAAACGGUUUCGUGUAUAAGCGAGCGAGCGGGCGGCUGGCUGGCGCCAUGUACCGAGGCUCUAGGCCGCACCGAGGAGCGUAUCAUCCUGCAGCGGGUCGCGGCUUUGCUCCCCGCGGCCCGCCUCCUGCCGGUUCGUUUCCUCGCGCUCCGUACCGUCACGAACACGCGCGAGGCAGCAACGGAUAUCCGCAUGACUACCGUCGGCACCCGGAGCAUCCGAGGAGGCGCUGCUCGUCGCCGGGGAGAGGCUCGGCGGAGGAGUUGAGAGGCGAUGGGCCUGCCCCGAGAGACUACGGCCAUAGAUAUACCCCUUCACCCCCACGUGGUGGUCUGCCUACUGACCAUAGUCUUGUGAUAACUGUGGGCAACGAGCUGACAGGUUUAUCCCAGAGCUCAGGAGCAGAGAUUCCCUAUACCAGACAUUAUUCUCCACGCCGGUCAAGCUAUGAGGGCCAUGAUGAGCGUAGUUCAAGAAGGCGCAGUCAUAGCCGUUGUAGGAACAGGGGCUGGAGCUGCAGUCCAGACAGAAUUCACAGCAGAAGUCGUCCUCGCAGCAGGAGCCGUAGUCGUGCAGUGAGCCGUAGCAGGGUGCUGAGCCGAGGACGUAGCAGACCACGCAGUAGGAGUAGAAGCCGGAGCAGAGGAAAGAGUAGAGCGAGGAGCAGGGCGAAGAGCAAGAGUAGACCACGCAGUAGGAGCCGCAGCAGGAGCCGCAGCAGGAGCCGGGGAAGGGGAAGGAGCCGCAGCAGAGGACGGAGCCGGAGCCGCAGCAGAGGACGGAGCCGGAGCCAGAGCCGCAGUGGCAGCAGCAGCAGUAGCUGUAGCAGCAGAAACAGCAAGAGAGAUAAGGAAGAUUUUAGAGAGCUUGAGAGAGCCCGUCGACGUAAAGAGCUGGAGGACAUGCUGACAAUGCCCACAAAAUCCAUCUUGAAAAAAAGAAUUGACUCUUCGGAAACUGAUUCUCCAAUGAUAGGACAGAGUACUGACUCUCCACAAGGGAAUUCAGGCGGUGGCCUUUCAAAGGAUGCAGAACAGUUACUGUGUACAGUGACUAAAAAAAUGGACCCAGACAUACUGGCGUCGCUGUUGGAUCGAAAUUCUAAUGCCAGUGCACUUGAAGAGCUCAUAAGCAAACUACAGCCCACCAAAGAGAGUGGGCAUGGCUUUACUCUCCCUUAUGAAAGAAACAGCCAGCAGAAUUCAGACCUCACCCAGCUUCUCAGUGUGAUGGCAGAGGCAGUAGCCCAACCACCAGACAAAAAGAAAAGCUUUGUGGAUAUUGAAGAUGAAGAGAAGUUCCUGUAUGGGGAUGAACAAGAGGAUGACCGAUUCCGAGCAAAAGAAAUGUCUGAAUCUGGGCAGUGUAGUUUAUUGGAUGUCUAUGAGAAAACUGGCGCUGAUGUGCUGUAUCAUGAACCAAAGCCUGGAGUAGUGCAUGAUCUCCAUAAGAAAGAAUAUGGACAUUCUUGCAGGCAUGGGCAUCCUGAAGAAGGUGAAAGUCGAAUAACGAAACAGAGCAAAUAUCAGGAUAAGGACCAUUCUUCGGCCUCACCUGGGCAGCAUCAUGAUGAGGAACCUCAGAGUAAGCCAUCAGUGACUGGGUCUCAUGAUGCUAAAGUUAGGUCAGAAGUGGAGGAAUAUGAGAAAAUACAAGACCUCCUUAAGACUAUUGGCCUUGAACUGGGCGUUGCUGAGAUCAGCAAGAUGGCUGCCCGGACACAAGAGCGCCUCCAAGGUAAGACUCCUGCGAAGUCGUCUGUCAAAAGGCACCAAUCAGACCGGCGCCACAGCAGGAGUUCUAGUAGCAACAGCAGGAGUAGGAGUACCAGCAGCAGAAGAAGCAGCUGUAGCAGGAGAAGCAGUCGAAGUAGCAGCUAUGAGCACACCUCAAGUCGUAUCAGGAAGAAAUCUGUUCCUCCUGAAAGACGUUCAUCACGGUCAGUCAGUCAGAGUCAGAGGGAGACGCGGCCUGGCACUAAAGCUGAAGAGAACCCCUGGGUUAACACCGGUCCCCUGCCUUGUGAAGCUGUGAAUCCUGGAACAAAUACUUUCCCAGCUCACUCGACCCAUCAGAUGCCUCCCUACCCGCCACCACACACACAUGGAGUUAUGCCUCCUAACUAUCCUCCCCCGGGCUAUGAUCCUUAUGGGAACUAUAUACCAUAUAUGCCCCAAGGUUGGCCCAUGUACCCACCCCCUAAUAUGCCAAUGCCACCACAAACUCCCAUGGAUGACUACAGUUCCCCUGCUGUAGAGCGACCCUUCCUAAAAGUAAUCAAGACAGUGGCAAAUGAAGCUCAAGGGAUCGAUAAAAAAGACUCAAAGGUGGACCCAUUAGAAAGCAUGACAAUUGCAUGCAGUGGAAGCCAAAGGAGAGUAAUUGAAGAAAAGAAUAAUGCCAAACAAAAGCAAAAGGUAACUGAAGAGCUAGAAAAGCUGAAGAAGGACAAAGAAUCCCGAAUGAAGAAAAAAGAGAGUCUCGUAAAAGAGUUGGAGACGUUGCGAAAGCAGCAAGGGGAGCUCCUAAGGAAAAAGCGAAGGGAAAAAGAUGGUCACAAGGAUCCCAUCCUUAUGGAGCUUGGUCGUCUUCAAGAGGAUGUAAUGGCCCAGAUAUCCAGUCUGCGCGCUGAACACGAGGAAGCAGAAAAGAAGUAUGAAGAACUGGUGAAGGUGGCAACAAUCCUGGGGCUGGACCACAAAAACCUUCGGAGCUCUGGGGAACAUGCGCACAGAUCUUUUCAGAGCAAGUCUAAAGAAUCCAGAAGCCCAGAGAAAUCUAAAUCGGCCUCCAUCACGUCCAACACUCAGGCUACCAAGUCAUCAACGCCAGGAUCCAGCACAAGAUCGGAUUCAUUAGCUGAGAUAUUUGAGUACUAUGAUGCAGGAAACCACUGGUGCAAAAACUGCAACAUUACUAGUGGUUCCAUGUUUGAUUUUUUCACACAUUUGCACAGCAAAAUGCACAGAAAGACUUUAGAUCCCUACGUCAGACCUUGGGCAUCAAAUUCUGAGCGUGAGAAGAAACGCCCGACAGGCGAACUCAUUUCUAAACCAGCGAAAGGCUCUGAAUUUGUGUUACCAGUGAGGGGAUUUUUCUGCCAGUUGUGUAAAGAGUUUUUCGGUGAUCCUAUUUGUGCAGAGGCCCAUGUUAUAUGCCAUGCACACAAUGAGAAGUAUAAGAAACAAAUGUAUGAGAACCCUCUUUAUGAACAGCGGAGGAACCUGGAUCGCCAGGCUGGCAUGGAGAGCGAAAAAAAGCAGAAUGAGCACAAACGAAAGCGUGAUGACGACGACUCCCAGGAUGAGCAGAAAAACUCCAAGUCCAGCAAAGAUCAAGUGAAAAAGCCCAAAUGCAAGACUGAAGAAGAGGAUAGAUCCAAAUACAUCAAGGAAGAGGGACGAAAAGCAAAAUACAUCAAAGAGGAAGAGAAUAAACCUAAAUGUAAGAAAGAGGAGGUUGAAAGGACCAAAAGUCGAAAAGAGGAGGAGGAGGAGAGGACUAGGUAUACAAAGGAAGACGGGGAGAGGAACAAGUUUAAAGAGGAAGAAAGGUGCAGACAGAAGAAAGCAGAUGAGGAGAGGUACAAAGCUGAAGAAGACAAGUAUAGAUACAAGGAAGAAAAUAGGUCCAAGUGCAGAGAUGAUGAUAAGAGUAGAUACAAGAAGGAAGAUGAAAAAUCGAGGUAUCGGAAAGAGGAUGACAAAAAAUACAAAUCUAGUCAUGACGCUGAGGAAGACAGGAGACCAAAACACAAGGAGGAGGAAGGUUUAAAUUUGCCAAAAUCAAAAUGGGAGGAAGAAGAGGAGGAGAAUGACGAGCGGCCCAAAUCUGAGAAGGAGGACAAAAAGCAGCAACAAAAAGGAAGCCGCAAAGACGAGAAAGAGAAGUCGUCUUUGAAAGAUGCUAAGAUUGACCCUGAGAAGCCUAGUGAGCCCCCUAAGGUUUUUUGUGGGCCGAGUCCAGCCAUGCUUGCAAAACUUCGCAAAAAGAACGAGGAAGCCACUUCGCGUCCUACCUUAGGAAAAUUCACUUGGAAAAAGCCUGAAAAGACUGCAUUGGAGAAGGAAGCCGAGAAAAUUGCAGAGCAGUUUAUCAAGGAAGACGAGGAGAGCGUUUCAGCAACAAGUAAAGACUCUGAGGAUCAGGAUGCUUUUGCCAAAUCUAUGGCUGCUGCCAAGAGUAUUGCUAUCAAACUGUCGGGUAAAACCGCUAUCGCGCCUUCCCAAGAUUGGGUAGCCUAUAACCAGGUUAAAAUACGUCCUAAUCUACCCACCCCUUCUAAUAUUCUGAAGAAGUCCAAUGUUGGGCCCCAAAACAAAUCAGUUUCUGCUGACCCAACCUCCUUAGCUGUACCAACCGUGGACACCAGCAGCAAAUCUUCUGAAACGGAGAUGAUAAAACAGGCAGAGAAUGAAGACGUUCUACCAGCCGAUCUAAUCUCGAAGGCGUUCGAUGGUGAGGAGGUGCAGUUAGAAAUUCCAGGUGAUAACUCAUCCAGUCUUGCAUCUGCUUCUGUCUCUGUACCAACCACUUCCACUGUAACAACUCCAUCAUCCACAGUGCAGGAGGUGGAGGCUGUUGAGGUAAAAGCGCCUACUGAAUGUAUAAUAACGCUCGAGUCUGAUGUCGCUGCUCCUGGAGUACCCGAAGAGGAACACAAGCAAACAGUUGUGGUCCGUCCUCCUCCUCAAAUUCAGACCUUCAAUAGUUACUCUUCAAAACCAGACAAGCCAAAAACAAAUCUAGCUGCAGCGAAAGCAAAAGACUUGUUUGACAUUUUCUAUGGCAACAGCACUCUGGCUACCUGUAGCGGUUCUAGUGCUGGGAAUAAGGUUGGCUGUAAACAAGACUCUCAAGCUGAUUCAGGAAGUUUGGUGACCACUCUCGAUAACGAAUUAACAACCGAGCAGGCUCCAGAUAGCGGACACUUGGCAGACGUGUCCAGCUUGAAAGACGAGGAGCCAUCUGAGGACCGAGGAGAACAGUCUGAACCACCAACUUUUGAUCUUGAAGUGGAACCACUUAUGGACUCUACUGAAGAGCAUAGUGGAAGUAUGGAAAUGGCAACAGUUGAUUGCAAGAAUGAAGCAGAUUCUCUCGACUGUUUAGCCAAUUCGGAAAUCAUGGAGAACAUUGAGAUGAUGGGAACAAAUGAUGACCAAAAUCCUCUGGACUCUGAAGAGGCGAUGACGCUUUCGUUCUCCCCACCCCCAGGUUCUUUUACAGAGCAACUGAACUUGGACACAUUUGAGUUCAGUUUUGACUCUUUGUAAAGGACCGUCAUCCAGUAGGUCUAGGGAUGUGCAUGAGAAAUGUUUCAGUAACAUUGAUCUGAAAUUUUUUUUUUUUUUUUGGGUUGUUGUUUCAUGCAUCUUCUUAAACUCUUUGGCAGGUAAUGCCAGUGAAAUGAUGAACUGACAAGCACUCAUUCUGAAGGAAAGGCGAUUCCACUGAAAGAAUGAGCAUUUUUUUUCAACAAGUAAUGAAUCCUUAGCAUCUGUAAAAUGUUGCAUAGAUUUUUUGUUAAAGUACAGGGUUUUGAACUCCCUGCUUUUCUUGCUUUGUUUGCAGCCGAAACAGUUCCUUUAAAAAAAAAAAAAGAAAAGAAAAGGUAAUGUAGACCAUUUUAUAUAAUCUGUUUUGUGAGUGAUUUUAAGUUCAAGUCUCAAUCCAUUAAUCCUUCCACGUAAGUAAAUCAAAGAUAUUUUAACACAGGAGCCAGAGAGAUCGAGGGUCAGAAGAGAAAACGAAUUGGUGUGGAGCUCACGCUACAAGGACAAAACUGUCUUGAAAUACAUUUGUACUUUUGAGUACAGCAUGAGCAGUUUUCUCCUCACAGCUCUUGUGAGAACUGAUGCAAAUCGGAGAUUGUGGUCCUGUACCCUGUUAGUUGAAAUAUUGUAUAAGGAUAGGUUCUCUCUUACUGUUGGUUGUUCUGUAGUUUCUGGUGUACAAGGUCUGGUUCAAAUAAAUUUCAGUGACCUCC